GAUGGCGCGCCGGCGAAUCAGCCCCGGCCGCUUCUCUCCGCCGCAGUGCUUCCCGGACGCCGCUUACAGCUCCGAGCCCGAAGCGGCGGGAGGCGAGGGCUGCCUGGGGCGCCAGCACCUGGCGCAAAUAUGCCGCGACGAAGGUGGAAUGCUGUUGCCGCGCAAGGGCAAGUACAGGGGCGCUUCGCUUCCGCACACUAAGGCUCCGGUCGUCGCCAACGCCCCCUCGGCCCGCCUGCGCCGCCCCACUUGGCAGCCGCAGCACCCUCACCUCGCUCCGGCCGGCGAGGGCUGCGCUACUCCUUGCACCACCUCUUGUACCACUCUCUACGGCGGAGAUUUCCAGACCCACCACGAGCUGCCCAGCCGCUCCCCGGCAGGCAGGUGCACCCGGGUGGAGGAGCUGCUCCGGGACGACCAAUGGGCCAGUCCUGUGACUAGGCCUCUGGAAUAUGGAACCGACUUCCCCACCGACGCCAGCAAGCCACCGUCAGUUUGCCCUUCUUCCUUUUCCUUCACUCAGAUCGACAACAAAGCUGCUCCCAAGCUUGAGAAGAAGGAGCCCAAAAGAAGGGAUUGGCAGGAGCCCUGUGACAGCAGCCCCAGCCUUGUGGACCUGAUGCAUUCCUUGAGACAGUAUGAGGAGGAAGACCCACCGGCUUAUCUGCCUCCUAACCACAAUGCCUAUCAUCGCCGUCACCACAAUCACCACAAGUCCAAGAAGGGAGACAAUCAUAUCAGCCUUCAGGAUCUGACUGACAAGAGAUACGAGGACAUGAUCCCAGAAAGGGACAAAAAGAUUGCUGCUUUGAUGUUAGCUAGGCAUCAGGAGGAGGAAGAGAUGAAGGACAGGCAGCUCCAGGUCUCUGAGGCUUGGGAGAAGAUGAGGCGGAAGGAGAAGAAGCACAGAGCAAAGUUGGAGAAGGAAAAGCAGUACCAGCUGGCAGAUAGUAUGGACCAAUGGCAGAGGGACCGGGAUCAAAGAAAAUCCAAGGUCAGGUUAGAGGAAGAGCAACUAAUGGCUGCCAGGGAAAGGGAUGUUUUGUUGCGUGACAAGAAGUGGAAAAAGCUAGCCAAAGAGCAGGAGUGUAGACGCAGAGAGAAAUUUGAAAAUGCCAGACUUCAAGCUGAGUAUAGGAAACGUUGCCAGGAAAAGCAGCUCUGGGACAAACGGUUGAUGGACCGAAAUGUCAAAGAUCAGAACUCUCAUGCAUAUAAAGAAAAGAUGCUGCAGGCCUUGGAGAAGAGGCUUAUAAAGGAAAUGGAAAGGAAGAAGAGAAAAGUGGAUGUGAAUGACUAUAAGAAACUCAAGCACAUGCAUGUGAAAGACCCAGUCGAUGACAAGCUCAAAGCUGAUGAGUUGUACAAGAGGCUUUGCAUUGAACAAAAGCUUCAGAGGUCUCAGGAAAUCCUUGAGCAGCUGCUUGAAGAAAGGAAUAGAGAACUAAAAGAAAAGUCAUAUAAGGAGGAAGAUCAAGGCAUAGUAGCCAAGGUUAAAGCAAAAGAGACAGAGGAAGAGAAGAGAAGGCGCAAGGAGAUGUUGUUGCAAAUAGCUGAGAUGAAGAUACAGCAGGCCAGGGAAAUCAUGUCCAAAAAUAUGCAAGACAGAGCACAACAUAUGAAAGAAAUUAAUGGCGCCAAGGAAAGGAACCACCAUUGCCGCAAACAGAAGCUUGAUUAUGAUGACAAAUACCAUCUACAGGAAAUGCAGGAAGCUUUAAGAAGAAAAGAUCAGAAAAGCAAUCAAAUUCUAAGGUACAAGGAUGCAGCUUUUGAAGACUCUAGGAGAAUAGCCAGAGCAUCAUAUGGCCUUAGAGACAAAGUGAAAGAGCUGAUAAGCCACAAUUCAUUUGAUCAAAUGGCUUUAGAUGCCCACCGUAAUGCAAAUUGCCCUAGAGGCCUGUAGUGAAGUUUAAGGAAACAAACUGUCUUCUGCCAAAGAAGAUGGUUGUAAUGCAUUCAUUUUGUAGAACUCCGCAUUGCUGUACACUAAAGUGAUUUCAGCCUUAAUUACUGUUUGACUCUCAUAAGUACUGUGGUUUAAAGGAAUUUACAAUAUACACUAAAAAGCUAUUAUGUGCAUUUGUAAUGUUAUUGUGAACAGAAAAUACUGACCUUUAGCCACAUUCUACUAUGAACAACUUGAUGCAAUACAGAAUUUCACCAUGACUUAAUGCAACACAUUUUAAUUGGAUAUUUCUGUAACAGUGAUUUUAAAAUUAUAUUUUAUAAUGGGUAGUUGGAGUUAAACAUUAUAUAUUUUACCAAAUGUGACUAAUAACUUUAAAACAUUUCAGUUCAAGGUAUGCAUUGGCCAGUCAAAUAUUAAUACUAGGAUUUUAAUGAAAAACAUUCCAAUAAUCCUUUUUCCAAAUCAGUAUUUUUAUAUGUCUAAGUAAGCCAAGGAAUAGUUUGCAGUCCAUAUAGUAAUCAUAAAUCCCAUUUGUUCCUUUGAUGUUUAUGAGCUUUCAUAUGAUUUAACAAAUAUUAUGAAUGUAUUAUUUUAUGACAUUAGAAAUGUAUUAUUUUAGGACUGACAUUGUAUUGUCAAUGCUAAUUUUGUAAAUUUUGAUAAUGUUAAUUUUAUAAUUUCAGAAA